AUGAAGAACAUACCGGCCAUAGGAGGCUCGAAUGCGACAACGUCUUUUGGCAUGUGCUUGAGAAGACUGUUCAUGGUGAAGUUUCUCUUGAUGGUGUACUCUUUUCUGAGACCAAUCAACCAGUCCAGGCUUUGGCUUUGGAGAGUCCCAUUCGUUGAACAAUUGGUCGAGCUUUUCAGGGAUAAUUCCCUCGUCGUCCAUCUCGACUGGAGCCAUGCUGAUACCAAGAGCUCUCACGGUCUCGAUGGCAGACGAGAAAGAGUACUCUUCAACCACAACGGUGUCGUCAGGAUUACAGAAAGUUCUCAGGGUGGCUUCCCACGAUUGGGUGUUUCCCACAGAAAGAACGAGAUCCCACUCCUUGUUUGGGAUCUUGUGGAUGAUUUCGGUGUGGGUCUUCAGGAAGUCAGUUAA